CCCCCGGGCUGAAUAAUGAACAGAACAGCACCGGGAAUGUACCGCUUACCCGCAUGCGACGCUAGAUAUCAUUCAGAAAAGGACUGACUAGACACGAGUCCUUCAUGUUUCUUUCAUAGACAUGUCAAAGGAAUCUGCUUGUUUCUAUCGGUAUUUUCAAUAAUUGACGGCGGGAGCAUCUGUCUCUUGUAAAGACUAGGCUGCAGCGACAGUGGUUAGUCCGGCCGCUCGAGCACUGCCUCUCUGAUGAAGAGACCUUAGGAAAGUAGAAACAUCAGGUGUAGAUAUAACUGAUACUGAAGCAUCUCAUUUGGUUUCCCUAUUUUCUGUGCGGGCGUGCGUAAGAGAGAGAGAGAGAGAGAGAGAUGGCAAGGAGGAGGUGUGACUGGUACAUGGAGGUGCUUCUAUUCAUGGCAAUGGUGGUGAUAGAGAGCAUAUGUGUGGGGGUGUACACGCUGUUCAAAGCAGCCACCUUGAGAGGGUUGAGCCACCAUGUCUUCGUUGUCUAUGCUUAUGCUGUCUCUGUUCUUGUUCUUCUUCCUGCUCCCUUCAUGUCCUACAGAUCAAGAGCACUUCCUCCUCUCAGCUUGGCCAUACUGGCCAAAAUUGGUCUUCUUGGCCUCAUUGGGGGUUUAUCACAGAUCAUGGGCUAUACUGGGAUUAGUUUCAGCUCUCCAACUCUUAAUUCAGCCCUCAGCAACCUCACUCCGGCUCUCACUUUCAUACUUGCCAUCCUUUUCAGGAUGGAGAAAGUAUCACUGAAGAGCAGCAGCAGUCAGGCCAAGAUCAUCGGGACCAUUCUGUCCAUAUCUGGUGCAUUUGUUGUCACUCUCUACAAAGGUCCUCCAGUUAUUACCGCCGCUCUGAAAUGGCCUUUCUCAUUUGAUCUGCUUCUGAGCUCGUCAAGCUCGAACUGGGUCCUGGGAGGGGCUUUUCUUACGGCCGAAUACAUUCUUGUUCCAUUGUACUACAUUGUUAUGGCACAGAUAAUGGAGGACUAUCCAGCUGAACUGACCGUGCCCUUCUUUCACAAUAUCUUCGUGUGCAUCAUUGCUGCAAUCGUCGCUUUAGCUGCAGAACAUGACGCUAAUGCUUGGAGGGUAAGCGAUGUAGGACUCGCCUCUGUAAUAUGCUCGGGACUUUUUGCGCACUGCCUGCGCAACUGUUUUCACGUCUGGGCGAUCCGCCUGAAAGGUCCGUUCUAUGUUGCGAUGUUCAAGCCAGCGUCGGUUGUCAUCGCCAUCUUAAUGGGCUUCUUCUUUCUUGGCGAUGCACUUUAUCUCGGAAGUCUCAUCGGAGCGAUUAUAAUGUCCAUCGGAUUCUAUAGCGUACUGUGGGGGAAGGCGAAAGAGGAGACGAAUGAAGAGCCCCGAGAGAGCGUCACACCAUCGCCACCCUCUCAGAAUGUUCCUCUACUCCCAAAGCAUCAUCAAAGCCAUUGAAGCAGUUUGCUUGAACUACUACUUUGUCUCCAUUUGAGUUGUACUUGAACAAAAGCAGGAAGCUCUAUGUAAAUGGACCACGAGGCUUGCUAACUUGCCCUUGACAAUUUUAUGUAUCCAGAGAUGGUGCAAUCAAAAGACAACAAAGGGCAAGUCAGCUUUUUCAAUUUUUUUUUUUUUUUGGAUAUGUAAUAUUUGACAAAAAAUCUUUGAGUAAUUUUAUGAAUUGCUGCAAUUGCAAAAUAA